GGUCUUCCUGCCGCCCCUCCUGGCCGCGCCGGGUAGUGGGUCCCUCCGCCUCGGCCUCUGCCUGCGGGGUGUCCGGGGGUCCCAUUCUGGACGCGGCCCAGCCCCUAGGGGCGCCGCCCUGGCCUCAGCCGCGCAAUUAAGGCCCCCGCCGGCAGCUCCCCGCCCCGGGCCCCUGUCCGCGUUCUUUCCGCUCUUUCCCGGGAGUGGGGUCGGGGUGCGCCCUCCCGGGUCCCGGCUCUGCUGGCUGCUCGCCGUCCCGAGCUCCCGACGCUCAGACGCGCCUCUGAGCACGGGGAGAGGGGACCCGGGAGGGAGGUCGGGGAGGGCGUCGAGACCCCGGCACAGGGGACCCCUGGGCAGACUCCCGGAGGCUGCACUGGCAGGACUCGCUGAAGGCCUCAGCUCUGGCUUGCCCUGGAGCUCAGGGCCUACGGAGGACGAGGGACUGGGAGCCCGUGUCUCUCGGAUGGAGUGCGGGGGGGCUGGCACCAGCACCCUUCUUGCUGUGCCCCUGGGGUGGGGGUGAGGAAAUGGGGGGUCGGUGUGCAGUGAGAGGCAAAGAAGGCUCCUUGGAGGUGCGAGGUGGGCUGUGGAGGGUGGGUGGGCUGCAAAGCGGCACCCAUGGGGGGCUCUGGGCUGGUUUGCCUUCCUGAGGCUUCUGGCUGGGGUGGGACCUGUGUUGGGUUCCAGGCAUCAGCUGCCGCUUUCUCAGGGCAAUGCUGCGUCUGAGAAAUGCAACUUAGUUGCAGAGGAGGAGGAUGAAGGGUUUUCUGGGUCCAGAGUGGUGCUGGCCAGAUCCACUGCACACUUGGGGUUUCUGCUCUCACCCUGGCCAGGGCCCUGGGCAGCUUCCCCAGUGGCAUUUGCCAUACCCCACCCAGCCACGUGCGGAGCCACGAGCCGAGGCCACUUCCCUUCCCUGACCCCCUCCCCCCAGGAUGAGUGGACGCACAUCCUGCUCUGGGCAGAAGGGCAGGACAGGGGCCGUGAGUAACGGUGGCCUGGGGUCAGAGCCAGGUUCAGCUGCAGAGGCUGCUGGUGGCUGUGGAGGUGAGGGAGGCAGGGGGGUCCCGGAUGUUAGCAGGGUGGGCCCUAGGGAGUGGGUGGGGGCCUGGAGGCUUCCUGGAGGAGGGUCCAGGGCCUGUCCCGCCCCUGUUCCUGCCUGCAGGAGUUGUUUACUCAGAGCACGAGGUGGGGGGAGUGAGCUGCUCUCCAAAUCCUGGCUUGGGCCAAGCUGACAUUCUUGGAAUUCCGAGUGUCUGCGCUUCCUAUCCCUCCAUUUCCCAGCAGAGCCCCUGAGAUCUGGAGACUGCCCCAGCCUCGCGCUCUGUGCAUCUCCCCCAAGCCCCCGCCACAUGUGUGCGGAGGCCCCUGGGGGCGCAGGCCUGUCCUCAGUCCCGACUGGGCUCUACCUGAGGACCCUGGGGAGCCUGAGCUUGCCUCGGCCCUGGCGGGUGCGUCCCCCGGAGAGUGUGUGGGGCGGAACAGCCUGGGGCCUGGGCCUGGCCCUGGCCCUCCUCAGAGCUUGGGGCUGUCUUGGUCGCACCCACCACCUGCCUGCCCACUUGUCAGCCUUCAGGGACCCUGAGCACCGCCUGGUCUUUUUCCUGUGGCCAGCCCAGAACUGAAGCGCUGCGGCAUGGCGCGCGCCUGCCUCCAGGCCGUCAAGUACCUCAUGUUCGCCUUCAACCUGCUCUUCUGGCUGGGAGGCUGUGGCGUGCUGGGUGUCGGCAUCUGGCUGGCCGCCACACAGGGGAGCUUCGCCACGCUGUCGUCCUCCUUCCCGUCCCUGUCGGCUGCCAACCUGCUCAUCAUCACCGGCGCCUUUGUCAUGGCCAUCGGCUUUGUGGGCUGCCUGGGUGCCAUCAAGGAGAAUAAGUGCCUCCUGCUCACUUUCUUCCUGCUGCUGCUGCUGGUGUUCCUGCUGGAGGCCACCAUCGCCAUCCUCUUCUUCGCCUACACGGACAAGAUUGACAGGUACGCCCAGCGAGACCUGAAGAAAGGCUUGCACCUGUACGGCACGCAGGGCAACGUGGGCCUCACCAAUGCCUGGAGCAUCAUCCAGACCGACUUCCGCUGCUGUGGCGUCUCCAACUACACUGACUGGUUCGAAGUGUACAACGCCACACGGGUGCCUGACUCCUGCUGCCUGGAGUUCAGUGAGAGCUGUGGGCUGCACGCCCCCGGCACCUGGUGGAAGGCGCCGUGCUACGAGACAGUGAAGGUGUGGCUUCAGGAGAACCUGCUGGCUGUGGGCAUCUUCGGGCUGUGCACGGCGCUGGUGCAGAUCCUGGGCCUGACCUUCGCCAUGACCAUGUACUGCCAGGUGGUCAAGGCGGACACCUACUGCGCGUAGGCCGCCCGCUGCCCGCCGCCCGCUUCUCUGCCAAAAGGACACCCACGGGGAGAUGGCCGCGCCCACAGCUGCCUUUCCCACCACCAGCCUCGGUGCUCUGCCCCAUGCUGGGAGGAGGGAGGGAGGAAGGAACAGGUGCCUGGAGCCCCCGGAACCCUGUUCCUGGAAGGCCCUGACUCAGGUGGCUUCAGGGCAUCCGGACCCCCUCCCCCCACCCCGGGAGGGGUGGCCACACGCUGGCUGCGGGACCCGGGGCAGGGGUGGGAGGGGCCUCCAGCACUUUUUAUAUUUACGUAUUCUCCAGAGCAGUGUUCACACGGGAGCCAGCCUGUGGCCCCCAGCCUCCCGGGAAACGGGCUGGGGCUGGAGGAGCCGGGUCUCGGCAUCCUGGAGGUGGCCCCGCUGGUCCUGGUGCUCCAGGCAGGGCCGUGGACCCCUCACCUACAUUCCAUAGUGGGCCCAUGGGGCUCCUGGUGCAUUUUAAUAAAGUGUGAGCAGCA